AAUGCCAAAGCUAUAGUUAAUUCCAUAUCUCUUUUUCUUUCCUCUCUUUGUCAAUUGAAGCAUAUUGUGCUUCGGUCAUCAUCAAAAAUCUAUGAAUUGUGAGACAAACAAUGUUCUGAUGCCAUGUUCUUCUCCUUCCGGUGAAAGGCCUGCCAUUACUAAUCCACGAAGUUCUCCUGAAUCCGGAUCUGAAAUUACUGAAGAUGAUUUCUUCAGUGUCAAAGGAGGUUUCUCUAGAUCUUGCAGCAAUGCUUCAAGCUGCGGAGACAGCUAUAGUACAUGUCCUCCAUUAAAAGAAGAAGGUGCUUCUCCUUCUCCAAGAGAAGAGAAAAAGAAACUAGCUCAGCUGUUUGAAGAUGCCUACUGGAUUAACCAAGUUGAUAAUAACACAAAAUUAGUUGACCUUCUUCAAGAUGAAUGUUGUAGUAAGGAAUUUGCUUCUGUCCAUUUAACUGAUCUUGCUACAACUACAAGUACUACUCCAAGCACAGAGAACACAAAUCUGAAGUCCAAACAAGAAAAUACUAAUCACUGUUGCUUUCCAAGAAAGAAGGAAAUACAGUAGUUCAUGCUAAUACCAAAAAGUGAAGAUUUGAAUCCCUUAUUUGUUGUUGCAAUGAAGGAGUGAAUUUUUUUCUCCAAUACAAUGUACGAAUUAUAGCUAUGAUGAAAGGAGAAAACUAUUCUCAUUAUUUAACAAAACAAAUAAUUAAUCUUUAAAAA